AUGGCUGCCUUGCCGUUGGCCACCGCUGAAGUAUGCGAUGCUAAUCCUCAUCUGAUUAUGAACGGCGAGCUCCGUGCUCUCCAGCCCAUCUUCCAAAUCUACGGAAGGCGCCAGGUUUUUGCCGGCCCUAUUGUCACACUGAAGGUGUACGAGGACAAUGUUCUGAUCCGCGAGUUCCUUGAGGAGAAAGGCCAGGGGAGGGUCCUUGUGGUUGAUGGUGGUGGGAGCAUGCGCUGUGCCAUUCUUGGUGGCAACCCCGUCCAGCAGGCACAGAACAAUGGGUGGGCUGGUAUUCUGGUCAACGGCUGCAUCAGGGAUGUCGAUGAGAUCAAUGGCUGCGACAUUGGUGUCCGAGCUCUGAGCUCGCACCCUAUGAAGGCAAACAAGAAGGGAAUGGGGGAGAAGCAUGUCCCCGUCAACAUUGCUGGAACCAGGAUUUGUGACGGCGAGUGGCUCUACGCCGAUACGGAUGGCAUUCUUGUCUCAAGGACGGAACUGACCGUGUAG